AUGUCACUCGAUCCGCGAGAUUCACAAAGGAGGGGUAGGUCUACGAGCCCCGGACGCGAAAGAUCUCAUUCAGGAUCCGGAUAUGAAGUGGAAGGAUACACUGGCAGAUUCAGAAAUGCAAGUGCGAACCCCGCAACAGGGUUUGGUGCUUCAAGAUAUGGAGAGGUAGAUAGUGCUGGUAUACCUGAUACAUUAAAGAUCGAUGAGGUGAAAUAUACAGAGAGGGAUAGGGUUAAUGAGAGACUGCAUACUCCUGCUCAGUAUGACGCUUUGGCAUAUGGAGAGGGAUAUGAACCUGGUACUCCGGCGAAGAUCAAUGUUUAUGGAUCCCGCGAUCCAUCACCAGCAGCUGUUCCUCGAAGUGCUGGAUAUGGGAAGGAUCUCCAUACUCCUACCUAUAGUACCUUUAGUACUCACAGUGACCGGCUAGCUUCCCCCCGCGACCAUGAAUAUGAGAGAGAUUCAAACAAAUAUAUUGAAGAUAGUCAUGGUCGUCACAGAUCGGCGAGCUUCAAGGUCUCGGCCGGGGUGGGCAGUCAUCAUGGGGCUCUCUCCGCUGGCUUGAGCAUGGGUCAUGAUCAACAUCAUGUCCAGUCUCCAGCUGGCUCGCAAUUCUCAGGGUAUAGCAAGAGAGAUGAGGAACAUAGAUAUGCAGAGUCCCCUCAGUACAAAUAUUCGCAUACGGGUGAAAAAAUUACUUUUUCAAGUACCACAAGGAAAACAGUUAUCGGUGGGGAACACCCUGAAGAGAGAAGUCCUCCACUUCCAGCUCGACCCCACGGCCGUAGAGAUUCUUCACCGCAUAGACAUCAUAGACAUGAGAGUUCAUCAGCUCGAAGCAGUAGCUCUCGCUUGGUCUCCGAACAAGUCGUUACUGUUGACCCUGGUGCACGUCGUCGCGAUGCCUCACCAAACCCCGCUAGACUGAGCGAUCGACUCAACACACUGAGCAUCAAUACCGGUGGUCAUCACUCGUCACACGGCUCUCUAAGCUUAUCUCCUGGCGGCCAUUCCCAUUCAGGCUCUCUCAGCUUGGCAAAUGCACCUAACUCUCCUCUCCUCGAAGCAUACAAGGGAACAUAUCAAUCUAUAUCCCCCAUGCCUUCUCCAAUGCUAGUCGUCACAUCACAUUCUGACAUCUCUGAGAGUUUCUCUCCCUUGUCUCCCUCUGGUGGAGAUUCUUUUCGUCGCACAGCCCGCUUCCAUGAUUCUCAAGAUGAAGCUGAGAUUCUUCGUGAUGCACUCAAGGGUGAAAAUCGUGCUCCGGAUGUCCAGCCUCUUAUCACCAUUCUUCCGGGUCUGACACAUGAACAAAUCCUUGAUCUUCGCGACGAGUAUAAAAAGAUUGUCAAGACGGGUCAUGAAAGAAAGGGUGUUAAUAUCGCUAAACAUAUCAAGCUCCGUCUCAAGGAUGAAGAUCCAAGUUUGAUGAAAGCUUGCUAUGCAGUUGCUUUGGGACGAUGGGAGAGUGAAGCCUACUGGGCCAACUUCUGGUAUCAAGGAGAGAAAUCUCGUAGAGAACUACUCAUUGAAAGUUUAAUGGGACGAUCGAAUCGCGAAAUCGAGAAGAUCAAAGAUGGAUUUAGUGAUAAGAAGUAUAGAGAUUCGUUGAGACAAUGCAUGGAAAAGGAACUCAAGGAAGAUAAGUUCAAGAAAGCAGUACUACUUGUUCUGGAAGAAAAGAAGAUGGAAGAGAGUAGACGCAUCGAUGGAGAUUUGCUCAGAGAGGAUAUCAGACAGUUAGAAAAAUGCGUCACGAGUGAGCGGGGUGGUGAGACGAGAAUGAUUGAGAUUAUUUGUACGAGGAGUGAUACGCACUUGAGAGAGGUAUUGAGGGGGUAUGAGGAGAGGUUCGGAAAGAAUUUCGCAAGGGAGAUGUUGGCGAAGAGUACGAAUCUUGUGGGUGAACUCCUCGCCCAUAUCCUCAACGGAAUCAUCAAUAAGCCAGUCCGUGAUGCGCUAUUGGUACAUCAUGCAUUGACGCUCUCGACGAGAGAUCCGCUCAAGACGGAAUUGCUGAUUAGUCGAUUGGUGAGGUAUCAUUGGGAUCGUAAACAUUUGGAGGAGGUGAAGAGGGAGUAUAGGGAUCGCUAUGGCAUUGAUAUGCAAGAUGCGGUUAGAGAGGGGGUCAGGGGGGAUUUGGGGAGGUUUUUGGAGGGGUUGUGCAUGUGGAGGGAGAGGGAUAGGGUUAGGGAGGUUUAG